AUGGCUUCCCGAUUCCUGUCCGCCAGCUCUGGCCACCGGGCCGCUUUGCUGCGGAGCCCCAGAUCCCUCCGCCGAACAUUCGCGACAUCACGCAUAUUCCUCCAGCAGGCUUUUCACUCUCAGCUAGAGGACCCGGCGAUGGCCGCCGUGUUCUCCUCCAUGCAGACUGCUCCCAAGGCCGUUCCCCAAACCCUGACCGAGAAAAUUGUACAGAAGUACUCGGUCGGUCUGGCCAAGGACAAGUUCGUUAAGGCCGGCGACUAUGUGACCAUCUCUCCCCACCGUGUCAUGACCCACGACAAUUCCUGGCCGGUUGCCUUGAAGUUCAUGUCUAUCGGUGCCACCAAAAUCCAUGACCCGAAGCAGAUCAUCAUGACUCUCGACCACGACGUACAGAACAAGUCCGAGAAGAACCUCCAGAAAUACAAACAGAUCGAGGAGUUUGCUCAAACUCAUGGUAUUACAUUCUAUGGGGCGGGUCGUGGCAUUGGUCAUCAGAUCAUGUGUGAGGAGGGCCACGCUUGGCCAGGCACGUUGUGUGUGGCCAGUGACUCUCAUUCGAACACAUAUGGUGCGAUUGGAUGUCUUGGAACUCCGGUCGUGAGAACGGACGCGGCAUCGUUGUGGGCAAGCUCUAAGACUUGGUGGCAGGUACCCCAAAUCGCAAAGGUCACCUUCACCGGUGUCCUUCCUCCUGGUGUUACCGGCAAGGAUGUGAUUGUCGCACUAUGCGGUCUCUUUGAUAAGGAUGAUGUUCUCAACCAUGCCAUUGAGUUCACUGGCUCCGAGGAAACCAUGCGGAGUCUGCCUAUCGAUGACCGCUUGGCCAUUGCUAACAUGACUACGGAAUGGGGCGCUCUUUCUGGUCUCUUCCCGAUUGAUGGCGUAUUGAAGGGUUGGUUGAAGGCCAAGGCUACCACCGCCGCCAUGGGCCUCGCCGAUGGUCCCUUCAAGACCGUGGCGCCCCAGAACUUCACUCACCCUGUCCUGGAGGAGCUAUUUGCUAACCCCCUGACUGCCGACAAGGGUGCUAAGUAUGCCAAGGAGCUGUUCAUCGAUCUUUCGUCGCUUUCGCCAUACGUUUCCGGCCCUAACUCCGUGAAAGUGGCCACUCCUUUGAGCGAACUCGAAGCAGCCGACAUUAAAGUCGAUAAGGCUUAUCUAGUCUCUUGCACGAACUCCCGUUCUUCUGAUAUCGCUGCCGCUGCUCGUGUUUUCAAGGAAGCCGCGGAGAAGAAUGGUGGACAGGUUCCCAAGAUUGCGGAGGGUGUCAAGUUCUACAUUGCUGCCGCUUCUAUCCCCGAGCAGAUUGCUGCUGAGGAGGCGGGUGACUGGCAAACCCUGCUCGAUGCCGGUGCCACGCCCCUUCCAGCUGGUUGUGGUCCAUGUAUCGGUUUGGGCACUGGUCUCCUUGAACCCGGCGAGGUCGGUAUUUCGGCUAGUAACCGCAACUUCAAGGGACGUAUGGGAUCAACCGAUGCGAAGGCGUAUCUUGGUAGCCCAGAAGUUGUCGCUGCUAGCGCUCUUAGUGGAAAACUCUCAGGCCCUGGCUGGUACCAGACCCCCGAAAACUGGAAUGGCGUUAUUCGCGGCGAAGGCGAUGGUAUUCGCGAAGAGGAGCGCAUGCUCACGAUGGAAGAGGCACUUGAGAAGGUCAUUGGUCAAAUUGAUCACCUGGUGGCUGAUGGAGAGAAGAAGUUCGCCCCUGAACCGACUGAUGAGGCGGCUCCCGAGGCGGCUUCCGAUUCUUUGACUGAGCUCUACCCUGGUUUCCCUGAGCGCGUUUCUGGUGAAAUCGUGUUCUGUGACGGCGAUAACAUCAACACAGAUGGAAUUUACCCAGGAAAAUACACCUACCAGGACAAUGUGCCGGUGGAGACUAUGGCCCAGGUCUGCAUGUCGAACUACGAUACCGAAUUUAACACUCUCGCCAAGUCUGGUGAUAUUCUUGUUACCGGCUUCAACUUCGGCUGCGGGUCUUCCCGUGAGCAAGCGGCCACCUCCAUUCUGGCCAAGCAGAUCCCGUUGGUUGUGGCCGGUAGCUUCGGCAACAUCUUCUCGCGCAACAGUAUCAACAACGCCCUGAUGGGCCUGGAGAUCCCGCGUCUUGUCAGCCGCCUGCGCGAAACCUUCAGCGAAGACAAGGCUCUCACCCGUCGUACCGGUUGGACCCUGACCUGGGACGUCCGCCGAAGCCAAGUUGAAGUACAGGAAGGCGAGGGCGGUGCCAAGUGGACCCAGAAGGUUGGCGAGCUGCCUCCCAAUGUGCAGGAGAUCAUCGCCAAGGGAGGCUUGGAGAACUGGGUCAAGCAUGCAAUUGAGGCUCAAAAUUAA